AUGUAAAGGUUAAUCCUUAACUUAAUAAUCGGUUUAGUAUUAAUAAAUUACAUAUUUUUAAUUAAAAAUUCAUCCUACUUGUUUAACAUAAUUUAUUUUUUUAGUUUUUCUUAAAACAAGGAUUAUAUAAUUUAAAAUAAAAUCAUACAAAAUAGAUUAUUAAUAACCUAAGUAAUGUAGAGGUAAAAAAAAUCAAUAAAGUACAAUAUCUUUAGCCAUUUUAUUUUAAUAAAUAAUGAAUUUUUCUUUCAUAAAAUUGUAUGCCUUUUAUUAUUGACACUAAGAACCAGUUAGUUAAAUAAUAUUAAUUAUAUUUACUCACCAUUUUAGGUCAACUAAUUUGAUUUUGAUUAAAAUUCUAUAUCACCUCUACAAAUUAAAAUCGCUCAAUCAUCAAACCUUAUGUUUGUUGCUGGAGGAUAGGGAGGAAUAAUAAUUAUAGAUCUAAAUAGUUAAAUGAUAAAGAAAUAAUUUACUUCAUCUGGAGAAGUAUAAUCAUUAGCUGUUACACAAAAUGGAUAGUAUUUAUUCUUUAACAUAGAUUCUUAAUUAUAUUGCUUUCAUUAUGAUUAAAUCAAAAACUAACUUCAAUAACUCAGUAAUGCAUUUUAUAGUAAAAACGGAAACAGCGUCUUAGAAAUUUUACUUAAUAGCGAUGAAAGUACUUUAUAUGCAGUAGGACUUUAUGGUACAGUCGCUGCUUAUGACAUUAGUAAUAGAAAUUAGAUCAGUCUUGUUGGUUAAUUAAACACAGGUUCAAAUGGUAUCUAUAAAAGUUCUAUUUUUACAGACUCAAAGUAGAAUAUUGAUUGGCUUUACCUAAGUGAUGAUCUGAAAGGAUUAACGAUUGUCAGGAGUUAUAAAAUAGAUAAAAGUAAUAGAAAUCUUUUAAUUGUAGGUAGAGGAGCAGUGAUUUUUAAAACUAGAGAUGCUGUUAUUACUAAUGAUUAAAAUUUUGUUUACGUUGCUGAUAAUUGGAAUGGCUUAUUUAUUGGAAAUCUAACUUCAUUUUACUAAUAAGUGAAUUAACAAUUAGUUUAGAAUAAUUAGCAUUUUUAAAUAAUUUCAAUAAAAUUGUCUAAAUAUUGGUUCUCAAGUUCAAUCAAUCCUUCUUUGUAUUCUUUAAAGCUUAUUAAAUCCAUGCAAACUCCUCAAAAGGAAAACUAAGUAGAACAAUUUCUUGUGCUAGGAGUGCGAUCUUAAGGAAUGUACAUCUUAGAUAUAUCUGACAGAUCAAACCCAAUCCUCUUCUAACAAAUUCCUUGUAAUGGGCAUGCAGUGUCUAUCGGUUUUAAUUUGGAUUAAAGUUAGCUAUAUUUUUCAAAUAGUUUAUCAAUUUAUGUAUACUAAAGGAGGUUAUCUAAUUUUAACGACUCAGCUCCUAAUUUAUUUAAUUAGCAUUAAAUUUAAGUAUAUUAGUUUUCAUCAUCUUUUUAUAAAUGGCGUUGCUAUAUUAAAGAAAUUAACAAUAAACUAUACUAUUUUGGAGCUUUUGAUUCUUCAGGCUUUUAUAUAAAUCAAAUAAACUCUAUUGACAACAGUUAUUAACUCGAAAAUAUAAAUAAUCUUUAGUUUGAUUAAUAUUUAGUUGAGUCUUUAUAAUUUUUUGUAUAGGAUUCUAAGGUAUAUAUGUAUGUUCCAGUUUAGAUAAAUGAUGAAAUCAUGAGAAUUUAUGAUAUUACUAUUCCAGAGAAUAUUUAAUACUUAUAAACAUUAAGAACUAUCAAUGGAAAAAAGGCAUAAUAUGGUGAAAGUUUGUUUAUAAGUUAAGAUGGUAACUACUUAUUGUUAACCUAAGCAAAAGGUUUUCUUCUAAUAGAUUCUAGUGAUAAAUAAGAUUUGAAAAUAAUCGCUAAUUGGGUGGAACCUUAGUCGACUAAUGGAGAAUAUUCCUCUGUAAUCAUGACUAAAGAUAAUAGAUGGAUACUUGGUACAAUAAGAGGGUAUGGAGUUUUUGCAGUUGAUGCAUCGAAUUAAAUUUAGCUAAAUUAAGUAGAUAAAUUAUUGACUUUGGGUGCAGAGUGUUUAAUUCUCUCGAAAUAUGAGAAUACAUUUGCAUAUUUAAGCGAUGGUAUGCAAGGUGUUGCUGUUGUAGAUUUAUUAUAUUUACCUAAAAUACACAUAGCAUCUAGAGUGAAACUAAAAGGGUGGACGAAUUUCAUGGUUACAAUCCCAAGUUAUAAAAAUAACACUUUACAUGACAAUUAUAUUUUCGUAGGCCAAUCAGAAGCAGGAAUGCUGUCGGUUAUCGAUAUUUCUAACAAAACUAAUAUAAAACUUAUAAUAUCAUUUUAAUAUGAAAGUUAGUCAAGUUAAUCAAUAUGCUUGUUAAAUAAUUAAAACUAAAUAGAAAUGAAUGACUAAUAGAUAUCAUAUGAAAGUUUUGAUUUCAUUUUUAUAAAUAACAACUUAGGUGUAUAUGGACUCCCUCUCAAAACUUAAAUUCUCAUACAUUCUGAAUUAAUCGAGGUAUUAACAAACGGAAGUGGUUAGAUAUAAUACAUUGUGAAUAAUAAUACCUCUGAUACUGCAGAUUUAAAAAUGUAUGUUGGGCAAGAUAUUUCUUUGAGUUUAAUUCCUAUAUAUCCAAUAUUAGAACUAUAAAUAGUAGAAUUAACUUAUUUUACGAUAGAGCUUAGUAAAGCAGGACCACUUCCAUCUUGGUUGGAAUUUGAUUAAAAUUAAAGCAAACUAAUUAUUAAAGUCGAUAAAAAUGCCUUAGGAAAAGAUAAAACUGAAGGAUUUUAAAAUAUUAUUCUGAUAAAAAUUUAAUUACCUCUAAGCCCAUAAAGCUUCUAUUACUAAACAUCUACUAAGAUAAAUGAUUAAAGUGACACAACAUCUUAGUAAGAUUCUAUAUUCAUUUUUAAUUAUUUAGUUGAAUAAGGAUACAUUUAUAAGAACGGCAUUAUAACUUCGAAAUUUACUUUAGAUACUUCGUUUAAUUUCACUCUUGGCACUUAAAAUUCAUAAAAUUAAGCUCUUUGCUAAAGAGUUCAAAAAACCUUUUUGAAUUCUAUAUUUUUUAAUCCAAUUUAUAUUUAUGCUUACAGUUCAUUGGAAUUUACAUUAGGGUAAAUCGGUUAAGGUAACAAUAGUUUUCAAUACCUUUCUACUAAGUCAAAGUAAUAAAUAACUUUUUAAAUUUCCAUUCCUUCAGAAUUAGGAAAAUUUGUAAAUAUUCCUUACAACGGGGUUGUUUCUUCUCUUAAUUCAAAUCAGAAUUUAUUAGUGAUCUAAGGUACUCUGGAUAGUAUAAAUUUAGUUUUGAUUGGUAAAAUACUAUUUUAUUGUUAACUGACAGAAGAGUAAUUAUCUAAUACUAGCUAUCAAGUUUAGGUUUAUAUUGAUGAUUAAAUGAACUAUCCUUCUAACAUAAAUUUAAAAUUCUCUGAUUGUAGUUAAUCAUUUUUAAAUGUUUAGAAAUAAAUAAAGCCCACUUAAUAGUAAAAUAGUACUCUGUAGGCCUAAUUUAAUUCUUUAAAUGGAGGUUCAAGUAUUGAUAUAACAUCUUACUUUAAAAUAAGCUUUAAGGACAGUGCCUUUGAAUAUCCAUAUGGAUUUCCUCAAAUAUAAUACUCAAGCUUAUAUAAUGUGAAUGAUGGUGAAUUUUAAUCUUUGCUAAGUCAUAAUUCCUGGCUUUAAUCUUCUGUAAAUGUUUAUGAUAUGAGUUUUUUUGGUACACCUCCUACUACUUCUUUUAGAGAUAAAAUUUGUGUAAAUAUAACUGCAGAUAAUUAAUAUAGCUAGGCUAGUGAUAUUUUUUGUUUUUAUGUAGACACUAUUCCAUUCAUUUAUAUAUUAAAUAUCACUAUUACUAUAUUUGGACCUUUAUUAGGAGCAUUAGGAUUUUGGUAAUAUAGAGGAUUACUUUUUAACAUAGCUUUUAGGAAACGAGUUACUUAUUCUGAAGAAAUAGUAUGUUUGGGAUAUUUAUAUUAAAAGAAAAUACCUAUCCUUUCUUUAGAUGCUCAAAAAGCUCUGUUAUUGUUUAAGUAUUUUAUUAGCCAGUAUUAAACAGAUUUUAAGUACUAUAACAAUUUACCAAAUUACCUGAUAAAAAAUAACUUUGAAAAAUAAAUUAGUUAAGACCUAGAUUAAACAACUAUUAAGUAAGAAAAGAAUAACAUAAUGGCAACAUAAAUAAAUAACUAAUAAAUUCGAAGAUUAAAACCAAUACAAGAUCUACAUCAAGGGUUAUCUGACUAUAAUAAUGCCAAUAGGAUAGAAUAUAAAAGCAGUGAGAUUAAUCCAAUAUCUAUUAAGGAUAUCGAUAACCCAUCUAUGAUAUAUAAUGAAGAUAGCUAUUAACAUUCCAAGGAGGCUUAAACCUAGCAGUAUAAAGAUACAAAUGUAUAAGUGCCUGUAAAUCCAAUAAAUAUUUAAUAAAAUAAUGGUUAAAAUGAAUAAAUAUAAACCAAAAGUAAACAAGAUAAAAAUAAAAAAUAAAAAAUAUUGUAACUUGCCUAAAUGAAAAAGAAAAUUAUUAACCUUAUCUUUUAGACUCGCCCUCUUAAAGAUAAAUUUUUCUAAAGAUUAGAGCAAGAUUUUUUAAAAGAAAAUGGUUAAAUUAAAAUGACUGCUUUGAUAAAUGGAAUACUAAAUAAAAAUAUUUCAUUUUCUUUACUGGCUAAGUAAAUUACUGCUGAGUCAAUUAAGCCAGAAUUAUUCAAUAAAGAUAGUUGUUUAUACAACUGUUUGAAGUAUAAUGCUGCUAGAUACUUCCUAUCACUAGAUAAUAGAUCAAAUGAAGUUUAUUAAUAUAUCAAAUAUUACUGUUAGAAUAUACUUGAUAAUAAUUAGAAUGAUUGGUAUCUAUCAAUUAUUGAUAUAGAUCCUUGUGUAACACAACUAGAUUAAAAAGGAAAUUUAGUUCCUUUUCCCAAACUUUAGCUGAAAGAAGACAUACUAAACUCAAUUUUAAUAGAUAUACAACUACAUAAUUAGUUAGGACAAAAAUUUCACAAUAUAUCUAUAUGUGAAGUUAACCCUUAUUUAAUAGAAAAUGUCUUAUUUGCUGAUGCAUUAGGAAUUCUCUAUGAAGACCCACCUUUACUGUACCCCUCAGUAGGAGAAUCUUUACAUUUAGAAAGAUAAGAUAUUUUAAAAGUGCAAGCAUUCAAAAAGAUCCCAAGCUCUUACUGCAUGAGAAUAAGAAAAUAUUUAGAUAUGGAUUAUGUGCCUUAUAGCUUUUCAAAAAUCAAUGAAAUUCCAAAUUGGUUAAAUUUGACUAUUUCUUCUAAUACUCUUAUUUUAGAAGGAAUUCCUUAAUCAUAAGAUUUAUAUGAUGAUAUAUUAAUAAGAAUAAUACAUCAAGAUGAGUACAUAAUCAGAUAAUUUCAUUUUAAAAUAAGAGAUGAAUUUGAUCCAAAGAAGCAUUAAUUUGAGGAAAAAGAUGAGUUUGGAGAUGAACAAGAGCCUAGUGAAAAAAAAUUGAUAAAAUAAAAUAGUAAAAUCUUUUAAAAACUAAUAAGUUAAAAAUCAAAAAUGUUCUUGCUUAAAAGUUAAUUUUCAUUAAGAGGAGAUGAAAAAGAAAACCAUUUUAAUGACACUGUUAAAAGUUUUUCCAAUCAAUAAUCAUUUAUUACUGAUUAAAGCGAUUAAAAGCAACCAAGCAUUUUUAUGUAAUCUCCUGAACUAAAAAAAGCUGAUUUAUCUAUUUCAAGUGUUAACAAUCCAGGAUUUGAGAGUCCAUAGAAAAAGCUAAGAUCUUUAAGCAAUAAUGUUUCAUUUUAAAAAUAAAACAAAUUUAUUGAUAUCUCACAUCAAGGGAUCGAAGAGUAAAACUCAAACGAAAGUGAAAAAUCAGAGUGA